AGCGAUGUCUUCGAAUCGAAAUUCAAAUUCGAAAAGAUGAAUUUCAAGCAGCAGAUGCAUUUGCUCUUGUUAAAUUAAUUAACUCACACAAAGCUUAUUAUGCUGACAAAGAAAAUAUGGUUGGCUUCCGAUACGUUGCCAAUUGCUUGGCAAUCAAGGGAAAGAUCCAAGAAAUCAAAAAGAAGAUGGUGAAGGAUGCUACGCAAGUCAGUGCAUCUGCAUUAAAGGGCCUGUUAAAUACACUAAAUGAAUGCUCCACGAGUAUUCCCCAUCAAGUCGGAGUUUUCGCUAUAAAACAGUACUUUGCUGGUAAUCUACUGAAAGGCGUCUGUCACGACUUCCAAUUGAGAAUUAUUCGCAACUUAAUAAGAAUGGAUCCAGAAAACCUAGAAUGGAGAUUUUGUUUGUACUCGGUACUUCGUUUCAAGAAAGCAGCAAGCAAAAGCUUCGGCACCCCAUCACAAGAAGAAAUUGAUGUUAUUGUUGAAGCAAUGGACAAACGAUAUGCCAUGUUUGAUGCCCGAAUAUGCCUGGGAUAUGCAUUCUGUCUAGCAGAAAUUCUAAAAAGUUCUGGAAAGUUCGUGCCCAUAAAAUAUGGCAGAAAAGUUUUCCAUCGUGAAUCAGACGUAUUGGAAUGCAUUCGAGCAAAGGUCGAUGAUGUCUUGGCCAUUGAUCCGACAUCGGUUAGAUCAAACAUUGACGUGGCAAAAAUAUACUCGUCGAUACUUCCUUACGCUCAUCGCGACACUGCAUUUGCAAUGGUCUGUGUCAGACGUGCAUUAUUGUUCAAUCCGAACUCCAGCAAAGCGAACCAUAGAAUGGCAGUGUUGUCAAUAUCGACGAACUCUCCAAGCGCUGCGCUGGAAUAUCUCAAGAAAGCUGUAGAAAAUGACGCAAGAAACGUUUUCGCAACGGUGGAUCUGUUAAAAGUUUAUAUGGAAAAUAUUCCAGUGCAUAAAGCAGAAAUUAAGGAAAUUUUGUUGGAUCCUGCUCACAAAAUCGGGAAGCAUUACACAGAAAUGCUUAUUCUGAACGCUGUGUAUUCAUCUUCAAAUGGAAACGAUGAAAAGUCGGUCGAUCUGCUCAUCGAAGCCAUGAAUACCGACGCCAAGUGUGUUGAUUCAUUGGAGAGACUUCAUAGCACCUUCAAACGCUUCAAUUGGGUUGACUACAAUUCGUUCUCUAAAAGAAUUAAAGACACUGUAGAGCUAAGGCUCGCACUUUGUGGACGCUCUGAGAGAGAUGUUUUGACGAAAAUAUUGAAAUCAUUGAGACAUUCGAACACGUAUGGAAGUCAUCGUCAACAAUCGAAGCCUGGGCGUGGUAAAUAUGAAGAUUUCUACAAUAGAUCUUAUGGAUCACAACAAUCAGGAUAUAAUAGAGGUUCACGACCGGGUAGCAGUGGUAAAUUUGAUUACGAAGGAUUCAAAAAAUCGUAUGGAUCAUACUAAUCGGGUCGAUCUAGUUAUGAUUCGGGAUUUAAGGGUGACAACAAGGAUGGAUCAUAUCAAUCCGGU